CUCGGGCGUGCAACAAGUGCUCUCACUCGCUCUGUUGCCUCGGUCGAAAGAGAAAUCGUGCGCUGGCGCGGCUCUGAGGGGUGUUCUAUCGGAGCGGCCGGUCGAAGCGGGUGUGUUUUCUUCGGCUCUCUCUCGGAAGCGGCGCGGAAAAAAAUAUUUGUGAUUUUUCGGUGUUUGUGCGUUCCCUUGUAGCUCGGGGCGUGCGAUCCCAUUGCUACACAACGGCAGCCCAACACAACUGGUUUGACCUGGAUCGGCGUAACUUGUCACCAUGCUACGCGCAGAGCAUGAGUUCGCCUCACAUGUAUGACCCGGCUUUUCCCUCGGUGGACGAUUUGAAGGCCAAACACAACCUGGGUGUCAAUACUAAGCACCACCCUUCCCUGACGACGAAGGCGAUCUUGGAGCUGUGCGACGGUUCCGUGCCGGACUUGUCGGACCUCAAUUCUCCGGAGCUCUCGUUCGAUCUCCAGAACAUCAUUGGGCCUGAUAACGGUCACCCCGGAGCCUCCCUGGAUGAAUCUUCCAGCCUGUUCCCCGACAUUCUAGCGGAGCAACAGCAGCAGCAGCAGCACCUCCACCAGAAGCGGAUCCACUUCAACGGUAUCACUUCCGGCCCGCUCUUGCCGCCGCCCCAGCAGUUGGCGUCGCCCCACCCGUACGCCCGUUUUCCUAUGCCCCAGCAGGCGUCGCUUGGCACCGAGCACUACGGAGCUGAAGCGGGCCUGGGCAUCAAGCGAGAGCCCCUCGACCACAACGACCUCAGCAGCUGCAGCCAGAGAUCGUCGUUCACCAACGGCUCCAGCAUUUACUCCUACCCCCCCAUCACGGAUCGCCAGGGCGCUGGGGCUGCCCUCAGUGCCCAGGUCUUGGGAAGUUACCUGCCGAACCUCGCGCGACCCUCCGGCCACCUGUCCGUGGCGACCACCCCUUCCCCGGUGCACAAUGGAUCCCUCAAGUCCCUGAGUUCCUCCGGCUCCUCUUCUUCUUCCAAGCACCACAAGCACAAGAAGAACGUCGACAAAUCAUCCGACGAGUACCGGCGGAGGCGGGAGAGGAACAACAUCGCCGUUCGGAAGUCGCGCGAAAAGGCGAAGCUGCGCUCCAGGGAGACCGAGCGCAAAGUUUCCGAACUCGUGCGGGAGAACGAUUUCUUGCGCAAGCGUGUCGAACUGCUCACCAAAGAAUUGAACGUUCUCAAGUCGCUUUUGGCCAAUGUGGGUGUGCCUCAGGACAGUGUGGAGAACGAACUGGCCAAAACCAUGCACAUGGAUGCUUUCCAUGGUAUGCAGGACAUGUAACCACAGCCCAGCCUCGCUCAUCUUCUGCAGUUGUUUUCUUGUCAUUCUGUUCCGAUUCUCGAGCGGCGGAAGGAACGAGCGCUCACCUGUCAGAUCGUUCCGUGAGGAUCUGGUGAAUAGUGGAUGUUUCUCAGAUUCGUAUUUAUUUCACGAAAUUUCUGUUCUCUUGCUAUGGUUCUUGAGAAUCACCAGACUGCGUUACUGCGAAAAGGACAAAAUUACGCGGUAUUUAAUUUAUUUUAAGUCCGAUGUGCGGUUAGAUAUUGGCAGAAAGAAAAUUAUCUGAUCUUUUCCUUCCAAAAGUGAAAAAAAAAAAAAAAAAAAGAUUAAGAACUUAAAAAAGAGCAUCAAAAUGAAGGCUCACAUGCAUUUCACGUGGUAAAGAGACUGCAUUAUUAUUGUUUACUUGCAUGCGUGAUUUUACCAGUAAGUGGAUUUUAUAAUUGUGAUAACUGAUAACUACUAUAUUGAAAUCCUUUAGACUGAGUUUGUUGUCAUAAUAUAGGAUAGACUGUAUGUUGUUUCUGUGCAAAGUUUAACUUUUGAUGAGAGAAUUUUGAUUACGUGUUAAAAAGCGGUAUGCUUGCACAGGCGAUAUAAUUUUAAAACUAUUUAUAAAAAUUUAGAGUUUUCUUUACUAAUGUUGUGUUGUUUACAUCAAAGUGAAUGAAGGUAUUUUGCAUUUCUGUAGAUAUGUUUCCCCCAGUAAAUGCCCGCAUACACUUUUUUAGCCAUCUACACGUUUCAUAUCGUCCUGUAAUUUAUUAUAUUACGUGCAAUGCAAAAAUAUCAAAAGUAUGAGUGAGAAUAAUUCACGCAAUUUCGGCCUUAGGGCUUUCGCAUAUAAUUUCACUUUUUUACAUUUUUAAACUUGAUAUUCAUAUUCAUUGUUAAUUUAUAUUUCCUUAUUUGUAAUCAUUAAUAUUGCACGAUUCGCAUUUAAAAUAGCCGGCCAUACGUCCAGUGCUAAUUUGUACUUCUAUCACUAAAAUUAUUUUUAAAAAUUUGACAGAGCUUUGAAAAAGACUUAUUUAGUGUAUGUCUUGUUAUAUCUACAAUAUUUUGCUAUACCUACAUUCUGAAUGUUAUUACAUAGUAAUGCAAGGUAGUUCCAAAUUUUUAGUUACUUUUCUAAUAUUAAAUGUAAGUAUUUCAUUGUUUUUUUACGAGAAAUUUUCGCCGAUGCAUCAAAAAAAAAAAAAAAAGUCAUUUAAUUUUUGAGAGAAAAGAAUGGUUAAGAUAUUUAAUUAUUGUAGUUAAGUUAUUUGGAAAUUUUAAGUACUUUCCAAAUCUCUUAAUUAUUUUCGUAUCCUAAAUGUAAAUAAUUUCAUUUUCUUUUUUUUAAUGAGAAAUCUUGCCGAUACGUCAAAGUUAACUAAUUAUUGAGAGAAAUGAAUUAUUGUUAAAAUAUUUAAAAGUUUCGGUAGGUAAAGCAAUUAAGUACUUUGGAAGUAUUAGGUAGUUUCCAAAUCGCUUAAUUACUUUUCUUAUUCUUAAUGUAAAUAUUUUUAUUGUUUCUAGCAUGAAAAUGUCUAGCUGAUGUGUCAAAAAAGUUUACUAAAUAUAGAGAGAAAUAAAUGAUUUAUAGAGAGAGAUAAAUGGUUUAUGUUGAGAGAAGUAUAAUUAAUUUAUGUGUCAAAAUAUUUUAAAUGACUUACCAAAAUCAAACUGCAAAAGGUAAAUGAUGUAAUUAUUUGUUAUUUUUUUUUAUUUACCAAAAUCAAAUUGAGAGAAUUUAUUAGUAGUUUAAAGUAGCGCUUAUAUAUAUUAUUUAAUCUAUUUCGUUAAACGUGUAUUUUAAAAAUCUUUUAUAGAUUGAGAGAAUUUACUAGGAUUUUCAAUAUUGAUGUAAGUUAUUGAUCGUUUUGAACAUAUCUUUUGUAAAAUAAUUUUUUUUAAAUAAUUUUCAGUUUUCGUUCGCAUUGGCAAGAUGAAUAGUUGACGCUUGAUUUCACGAAUUGUUUGGAACACCCAAAGUAUCUAUAAAGUCUGGAGUUCGUAAAAUCGAAUAGCAUUGUUUCAAUUAAAGACGUUUUGGACCUGUUCGUAAAAUCACGAGUGCUCGUAAAUUAGAGAUUCGUAAGAUCGAAUAGCAUUGUUUCAAUUAAAGACGUUUUGGACCUGUUCAUAAAAUCACGACUGCUCGUAAAUUAGAGGUUCGUAAAAUCGAGCGUCCGCUGUUUAAUUUUUGUUAUUCAGUCAUUCAUUUUAGUGAAAAAUGAAAUUUAGUCAUAAAAGUGGCAUUAAAAACAGUUUGCAACUGUUUUCCAACUAGUUAUGAGUUUUCUCUUUGUAGUUAUCAAUUGGUAAACUUGUACAUACAACACAGAUUUUAAUGAAUGGUAAUAACAAAAAGCUCAAAGUUUUUUGAUAUGAAUUUUGUUUCACCAAAACUGUUGAUCGUCAGAUGUGUUUACAGAGCUGUGUUACGCAUAUUUCAUUUGAAUCAAAGACACGGGUUGUAUAAGAUUCUAUGUAAAUAAUUUUUGAUACAUACCAGUAAUUUUCAAUAAUUUCAAUUUAAAAAUAUAAAUAAAAAUAACAUUCGUGCAUAUCAUCACGAAAUUAUCAUUGAAAUUGUUUCAAUAGUUAGGAAAAAUAAUGUUAAUUUUACCAAGAAUCAUAAUAUGUUUUGGGAGAAAUUUAUAUUACGCCUAUUGAGAGAACUUUUUGAUGUCAAAUAUUUAUAAUAGUGAAAUAUAUUAUAUAUACAUAUAUAUACUAUCGUUCUUAAAACAUAAAAAUACAAAAAAUAUUUUUGUCCAUUUUGUGAGUGAAAUAGUUGAAGGGCUUCAAUGCCUCUUUCAUACUCAUUGUUGUUCAUUGUUAAAGUGCAAGUGUGAAAAAAAAAAGUGGCACGUCAUCAAAUAAAUGUUUUAACAUUUUACAUGUGUGGAUGUGUGUUGUUCGAAAUAAAGAAUUCGUUUCUUU